UUAGAAGGAAGGAUUCGUAUUAUUUGUCGUCAAAAGAAAACAGUAAACCUGAGCCGCAAAGCUAUCUGCUAGGGUGUCAUGGCGGACAGGGUUUCCUUCGUCAAUAAAGCCCGAUAGCCUCACUACAGCUUUAACCACAGCAGAAAAUCAUAGCUAAGCAUAUUAACACCUUUUCAUGAGUAUAGGUUGCUAUGGGUGCCAGUUCCUCUUGUCUCGUUGCCUCGGUUUCACCGCUCAGCCCACUUCAAGGCACCGAAAGCGAAGCCGGCGUGCGUGACAAGCUUGUUCAGAGUCCUGGGUUGCUGUCCAAACCCGUCGCUGGGCUUCGAGUCCUGCUUGGAGGAGGGGCGCAAACAUGGCUUCACGUCGCUUGCGAAAGAGUGCAAUUGCAGGUUGUGCAGCAAAUGUUCGAAUUCCUAUCGGCGAGCGACACUCCUAUUGUACGGGAGGCGCUGAAACCCUACUGCCGCCGUAUGGGAAUUCCGCUGCCAGGCUGUGUUAGGGAAGGUGUUCGGUUGGCAGCAAGCAUGUGCAACUCGAAUGGCCAAACCCCAAUUAUGCUGGCUUGUGCUGCCUGCUGCCCGGAUCUGGCGAAGUUCCUUCUGGAGCAGGGUGCGAGUGUUUGGGCAGUUGACUUGUGCGGUUGCCGUACCGCCCUGCAUUACGCAGCCAUCUCGGGGUCAGCGGACUGCGUGGCAGCGCUGCUGGAGAGCGUCCCCUCUGGCGCAUGGUUCAUCAACGCUCGUUGCUUGCGUGGACUCACCGCCCUGCACUACGCCAUCCUCCAUGGGCAUCAUGAGGUGCUUCGGGAGUUGUUGCGGCAUGACCCGGACCUCAAUGUCGCCACAAGUGCCGCCGGUAACUGCAGCUACUACAGCGGCCCCAAAGACCCAUGGGUCAGCGGCCUGGAGGAGUGCGAGCCGCAUUCCACGCCGCUGCAUCUGGCGGCGGCACGAGGCGAUGCAGUUGCUGUUCGGGAGCUGCUGCUGCACUUUGCGAGCCGCGAGGGAUUCGGGCGCCAUGCAACAGCCACAUCAACAGCUGACCCCCGCCUGACCCGCACAGCAUCCGGUCGGCAGCCCUGGCAGCUGGCACUUCCAAGGUAUCCGGAGCUGGGUCGGGAGCUGGUGGUGGCCUUGCACCCCUCGCAGCCGCUGCCCCCCAGCAUCCUAGCCGGGGUUGGAGGCAGCACCGCCGCCACCCCUGCCGUCCCAAUCCGUGCCACAGGCACCGGCAGCAGCUCCAAUGGUGACAGCAACUAUCAGGCUGAUGCUGGGCCGCCGUCGCUGGCUGCAAUAGCGGCGGCGGCGCUGAAGCAGAAGCUGUUGGCGUCGCUGGCGGCGGUGGAGGUGGCGGAGAGGAAGGCCGCAGCGGAGGCGGAGGCGGCGCGGGUGCUGACGUCAGCACCAGUGCCGCCGCGACGGCACCUGAGUGGCUGCCGUACAAUGGACUCCUCCUCCUCCUCCUCCGCCGCCGCCGCCGCCGCCGCCGCCGCCGCCGCCGCUGCUACCGUCGCCAGCCGGGGCUCACGUCGUGCCGCUACGGUCACGGGCUAUUACGUGAGUGCAGCCGGUCAGGCUGAGAGGGACUUGCUGGACGAGUCAAGCCGAUUUCGCUGCGCCUCCUUGCGUGGCAUGAUACCAGCGGCAGGGCCGCCGCUACCGCCCUCAUCGUCAGCCAUGCCCCGGCCGUCAAUGCCAUCUGCACUGCAAGCCCCAACCAUAUCCGGCUUCUUCGUCACCCCCCUCGAUGCCGGAACCCUGGAUUCCCCGUUCUUAACAGCAGCCACCAGCGAACCACACCCCUUUGGGGUUCUGGGCGAAGAAAGCCUCAUCUUGGAACCUGGAUACAGCAGCGGUGCUGCAAAUAGCAACGUCAGCUUCUGCUCCUGCUCCGGGCCUGCCUGCGUGACGCUAUACCGCCCAGAAACCGACACUACUGCUGCUGCUGCCAGCGCAGCAACGCCAGCAAGUUGCGGCACGGCACGGUCUUACUUGCCCGCUGCUGCCGCCGGGCUGCCAUCUGGAAUGCCAGAGGUGACAGCAUAUGGCAGCUCGUGCUGCCCCCAAACUCCAACUACAGCUGGCCGCAUGCGGCUUAGCGUCACAGGGGUGACCCUUGGAUUUGAACCGCUGGCUUCAAACGAAACAUUGCCAUGCACGAUGUGGCAGCCGUGCGGCAGCAAACGCAUCCCCUCGCCAGGGCCCAGCGGUGGCAGCGGCCGCGGCACCGGCAAAGGCCGUGGGCAAGCGAGCCUCCGCAUCUUAAACAUGCUGGAGGACGAGAUCGAGGAUGAUGUCGGCAUGCAGCAAAAGGAUGUGGACGACGACGCGGAGGACGACGGCAUCUGCAGCGUGUGUUUUGCUCGUCCCGAGGCCGCCGCCCCCGCCACGUGUCAUCACGGCAUCUGCAGCGUGUGUGCGGGGGAGCUGUGUCGUGCGGUGAGCAGCCGGCCGCUGCUGUGCCCCUUCUGCAGGCAGCCAGUCACGGACUUUGUGCGCGUGGCGGCGCCGGCGGGAGGGGCAGCAGGAGGCAGGCGCGGCAAGGAGAGGGUACUGGAGCUGUGACCGCGGCAAUCACCCACGCCAGCAGCUGUAGCAAGCGUUGUUGCAGCUGCAGCGGCGACCGUAAGCGUGAUGUAAGAAACGCAAUUGUUGUGGUAGGCCGGGCUUAGCAGUUGUGGUAACUGCGGUCAACGUACUUGGGCGCAACUGAAAACCUCAAAAUAGGAUUUGCCAACUGUUAAAUGGGAGUGCUGUGAUGGAGCUGGUUAAAGGCGACGGACACGGCCGCAUUGACGGUCACGGUCGCUCCUGCUUAUGUUACAAUUGUAGGAAGUACAUGGCGCGCAUUAACUACGGUUGUGAUGGUGGAAAGCACUAUUGACAUAAGGGUUGAGGGACGGUACCGGAGCAGGGGCAACGUCGUGACGGGGUUGAGGUUGAGAUAUUGUCGAAACUGAGCUUGUUACCCUUUGGUGAUCAGAAGGUUGUUCCGCAUGGCAUUACUGCAUAGGCAACAUGAUUCCGCAAUGACAUGUUUCUGAUGCGUCGUAUAGCUACUGUAUUCCGCUGCUGUUUGGCAAUCUGAAUUGGGUCGACAGGAUUAGCCGCCAAUCCAGUUGCCAUGGUCACUGCUUUUGCGACGGCGGGUGGUACAAUCUAGCUUGUCCCUAUCUACAUGCUGUUAUUGUAUGUUUUUCGCAACGUUUUGUUUUGUCGGAAAGUCAUGUUAUCCGGUGUCUCCGUUGCCCUACACCGUUAUAGCAUCUCUGGGUAUUGCUGUCGCAUCCUCUGACCACUGGGCCGCUUUACUUGAUGGGAGACUGCCCUACUUAGGGGCUGGUAUUGCACUUUCCUUGCAUGCACGUGGGGGGUCAAAACCUGCCUUCUUAUUACGGUUACGGUAGUUGGGUGCCCGUUGUACUCUGAGCCAAGAAGGACACUGUGUGCGUUUAUUAAACAUUCCUAGUCGCUGCCGAUGGUCAAGGGGCUUAUGGUCUGUAGCAGCUGUGCUACAUCUGGAGCGAGCAGCAGAAAUCCAUUGUCCACCAUUGUCUUGUGUGUUGUAAAAUGGCUUCGAUGAUAUUUCAUAUUAUUUAUCCUAACGCGGUAUGAAGCGCACUUAUGUGCUUGUGUCGUUACCGGUGCAUACUUAUCUGCUGGAAAAGGGUUGUUUUGGAGGGACGUCUGGGGGAGUUUUUCCCUCCGUAAUGCAAGGUAGAGUUCAGGCCUCUUUCCGUGCGUGAUCGAGAUGGCUUCAUGGGGCUUCAUGCCGCCAAAACCAGUACGCAACCAAUGUUGGCUUCUGCAAAAAAUUGUGAAGGCGCAUGCCGCCACUCUUGAUGUUCAGUAAUACUAUCAUGUUUUCGCCAUGUGCGUGUGGUACAAUAAUAUAGUUGCAGUAGCCAUGUCAUCCUGGUGUUAGCCCGUUUUGGCUGGUAACCAUGCAUGCCAGGGCUGUAUGUACCUGGUGCAUUGCUGCCUGGUUGUUGGCGGUCACGGCUGCCAGGGCCUCCUUAAUAGUGCAAUGGCCUGGAUGAGCAAAUGCUAUGUUGUCUACUGUAUAUCAUCACAGCUAUCCGGAUGGUUUACCGGAAGUUUGGGUUCGCGCAGAUGAUGGGAGUAGCACCCUGGUACAUGUAUGGAGUCAUCAUGGCCAUGUAGGCCCCAUCCUUACGGUCAAAGGAGUACGUGUCAAAGGAGUACAUUACAAGCAUACAACCUAAAUUCUUCCUUUUAUCCCGGAAUACCUACUUAGCUUCUUCCACUUUACCCAGGCUUUACCCACUUAUAUCCUUGCUGAGACACCGCGCUCUAUUCCAGAUAUACC